GAUGCAUGUACCGCUUGCCUCUCUGUCUUCUGCCCGCCACGCUCCACUUGCCCUCCACUGUCGCUCGUCGCCCGCACCGCCGUCAUCGCCGAUGGAACCGAAUCCUGAAAAGUUUAUUUUUGAAACUCGCCUGCUAAAUGGGAUCUGGUGGAUGAUCUCCCCUCAGUGGGUGAUAAUUGGUCUAUUGACUCUCGAACAUUCAAUGGAGGUGUGAACCCAAGGGCGAGAAUCAGUACAAGUCCAAGAUCAUCAGCAUUUCAUCUGUAGAUUUAGGAACAGCGUCUCAACUCGCGAUCCGAUCAAUUUAGCUGGCUCGUGGUCUCGAAACAUCGCCUCGAAGAUUCGCGUUCCGACUGUUCAACACGAGGCGACCGGGCCUAUCGCCUCCCAUGAGCUCACUUCCAUCAUUGACUUUCGUCUCACUCCUCCUCCUUCACCCUGCCUUGGCCCUCUACAACCUCACUUACACCGACCAAUCUCGUUUGAUAGUUUAUGAAGAUCCCAUCGAGGUUGGACCUUUCUACGAUGAGAAUGGGACCAGCCUCGAUAACACCACGUCGUGGACAUGCGAAUACACCAAUACCUCUCUCAACUCAUUGAAAAAGGGCGAUCUGAUCGUCGGAAAGGGCGUUUCGUCUCAUUGGACAGAACAAGAAUCAGCACUCGUCUCUUUCCAAUUUCAAGGAGAUGCAAUCUAUGCGUUGGGUUACAUUGGACCUACUGGAGGAGGUCGCGCAAAUCCCAACGAUCCACCCGUCGGAGGUUAUGGAUCCACUCAACUCACGGUGAAUGGACAGAAUUACGGCCCUUACAAUUCUUCGUACUUUGACGAGUACGCAGAGGGCGGGUCGGACAUUUCUCAGGAUUACCUUAACGUGGCGGAGAAUCUGGGAACAGGUUGGCACAGUGCCGAGCUGGCCUACAAGGGAAGUGGAAGGUUCACAUUUGAGGGUUUCACAGUCUCAAUGCCUUUGAAUGGCAGUAUCAAGACGUCCCAGCUCCUCGUCAACGGCUCCAAUGGGCCUUUCUCUAUCAAUCAAGCUAUAAGUACAACUACGGAUUCCUGGGGUGUCACUAAUAUCUCUUAUACUGAGCCUGGCAUCGAAGUGGCGACGACUGAACAAUAUGCGACGCUUUCCUUCCAAGUGCCAACCAACACUUCCGUCGUCAUCCUAUAUGGCAACGCUUCACCAGUAGAUGGCAAUUACUCCGUCUCGCUUUCGUCACCUGCAGCUCAGAAUACGGCGGAUUCGAAUGCCUACCCUCCAGCUAACCAGUCGAUCGUUCAGCCAAGCGAAGGCUUAUCACCGUGGUAUGGACUCAACGUUAUUCAAUACGUCAGGAUACUCGACCCCGACACCGAUCACACCAUUACGGUAGAGAAACUCUCCCCGCGUGGCUUCAUCUACGGGCUCAAUUACGCGACAUUCAUCUCUGCCGAUACCACUCUCUCUUCCGGUACCAUCAAUUCAGGCUCAAAUAGUACGAGUAGCACGUCCGGAGGCAAUGUGAAUGAUUCCGGAUCCGGCGCGGGACAUCAGACAGGGUCGAAAUCACAUGUUGGCGCGAUUGUCGGUGGGAUGGCCGGCGGGGUGGCCGCUUUGGCCUUGAUUGCUGGACUAUUCUGGUACUUCGAUCGAAAACGAAGACAUCGCCAAGAGGAAAUUCAGCCAACGCCUCUGACCGAACAUAAAGCUGGCGCGGACGCUUUUGAGGUCGAUGAUAACAGGGGAGGCUACUCAAGCCAGGAAUCUGACUUGAGGACAUAUCAAUUGACCGAAGUGCCACAUUCUAAUGCAGCGACAGACAUGACACCAAUCGGCUCAAGUUCAAGUGGUACAGACACGAGUACACUGGCAGCCAUGACUGAGAAGCAGGCAGCAUUAUUCGCAGAGAUCGAGUCCAGCCGCGCCAACACUUCUUCACCGGGUUCGUCUCCGGUGAACACUGUUGUACAGGGGCAAACAUCUCGCACCUCUCUCAAUACUCGUCAAUCACCGCCUGCCCUGGCACCUAUGAUUGCAGCACCAGCCCAAAACGGCCCACUCCGUCUUGCCAAUGCCUUUGAUGCGCCGACGUCACCGGAAUCUGACACUUCAAAUGUCGCAUCAGACGAGCAGAAACCUGCCGGGUCCGUCGGAUCGUCCUCCGUUCCUCCCAAUCGGCGACGUCGACGAGCUCCCCUUGGAGCAGGUGAUCGAGGUCUCGUUCAAGAAGUGGAUGCCGGUAGAGUGUCAGAUGAGGUGGAGAGGUUACCACCAAGCUACGACCCGACUUGGUCAAGGCAGAAUGGAGAAGAUGGGCAGGGAGGCGAGGGCCAAACAGGGCAAUAAGCCAGCUUCACCACAUGAUUUUCAUAUCAUCGGACAUUGUCAGGCAUAAAUGAUCCCACCGUAGUGUUGUAAAGAUCUCAUGCACGCUCAUAAUUGACU